AAUUUACGUAACGAACAGAAGAAACGCACGUGUCGUUUGCUUCUCUUCGUUCUUGGAACCCAUUCCGUCUCUGUUUUGGUUUUAAACAGUUUUUGGUUUGCCCUAUAAAUCCCAAUACAGUGUCUCAGUGAAGUACAGUACUGCUACUGUUCCCUUAUCAACCAAGUUACCGUCUUUCUUUUGGGUCUCUCUGCGACACAAAAUGGUUCGAAAAUCCAAUGUUGCCAGAAACAACGACAAACCUCAUGUGGAGAGAGCGGAAACUCAGCUUUCCAGUGGAAACAUAAAACUGCCAGGGGCUUUAGAAUCUCGGCUUGAAAUCCCACUCCCUAGGUUUUCUUCGCCGACACAUCAAAAUUUCUUGGUGGAUGGAGUGGAGACGCGUAAUGAUAAAAGCCAAGCACAGGAUCAAGUGAACCAGGCGUCUGAGCGAAAGAAGUCUGCUAUGUUAUCCAAAAGGAAAAAAUCCAAACACCAUGGUGGGUUUGUGAGGCGAUCAGAACGCAUUAAGAGUGCAUUUGUUAAUGACCCUAACUCAAACCAUGGCAUUGAAUACAUUGAGGAUGAAACUAUUAGCGAAAGUGAGAAAGAUGAACCAGGUACUCAAAUGGAGCAAGUAUUGGCAGAGGCGGAGCUGGAGCCAGAGCCAGCUGAUGUUUUCGGUGAAAAGACCUUGGAUGAAAAAGUUGACUAUGCCUUACAAAGAAUAGAAGCUCUUGAUAAGAUUGUAGCAUUGUUGCAAUCCAAGGUAGAUGAAAAUAUUGGCUUCGAUGAAGCUCCAUCUAUGGCAUCCAUGAGUUACAGAAGCAUGUACAUUAACUCACAGAAGAAGAUUGAAGCUUUGACAGAUGAAAACCAACAAUUAAAUGGAAAGCUACAAAAUGCUCUUGGCAAAAUUGAAGUGUACGAAAAAGAGAACCGUGUUUUGAUUGACGUAUUGGAUAAAACGAAGGAUGCUGUUAAUGCUGUUUUGGUUUCAAAUCUGGUAAAAACUACUGAAGCAGCUGUUAAUGCAUCGACUCAAGCAAUCCAGAAUGCAUGUACAACUUCUGCUACUAAGAGAAAGAGAAGUGAAAAUUGAAGUAGAAAGCUAAUAGUGCAUAAUUUUUUAGAAACUUGACACCCAGUGUACUUGACUUUGAACUCUUGUAUAUUGCUUAAUGAUUAGAACCCGAGAACAUGGAUUUUCUGUUGCUUAAUGUGGUAAUUUGAAAUUUUUUGUU